AAAACAAGUUUAUUUACAUUUUUAAAAAAUAACGCGCUUUAUCAAAUAUCAUUUUUUAAGUACAUAUAUUAAAAAAAGAAACAUAAAAAUAUGUUAACAAAGGAAGAUGUUGAUAGUUGGAAUAAAUUAUUUCCAGAUUGUCAAAUAAAUAAAACAAAUUUAAGUAAUCCCACUGAACAUUUUCUAACCAAUGCUUUGGUCAGCUAUUUACGGCAUUUUGGCAUUAACAUAGAGCCUCCUUUUAAUUUGCAAGCUGAAAAUAAAGAAAAUAAUCGAGAAACCCGGCUAUUUUUAAUUACAUUGGCCCGGCAGAUUGAUCAUUUCUUAAAAAUCACCGAUAAAGCCUAUUCAUUUACUUAUUACGAUCUAAUAAGACCAACUCCUAAGAAGACUGCCCACAUGUUGUAUAUCCUGCUAAAUUAUUACUAUUACUACAAUCUCUACAAGGAAAAUGUUUUUAAAAUGGCCGGUGAUAGAAUAAAUCAAUUGGAAGAGUUAAUGGGCAUGGUGGAUGAUAAACGUCGCGAUAAUGAGAUAAGAAGAGAGGAAAAUAAGAAUAUGAAAUCGACCAUAGAAAAUUUAAUGGAGGAAGUGCCCAUCGCUCGUAACAAAUAUAGAGAACUAGAAAUAAAACGCAAUCAACAAGAUGAGGAAAUUCGAAAGUUGAGAGAUACCUGCAAAGAACUUAAGGAAAAACUGGAACAUUUGGAAGAUCAAAAGAAAAUUUUACGUAAACGUGUCGUAGCCGAUGAUGAAUCCGAUGAAUUGCACAAACAAUUACAGCAAUUAAAAUCUGAAAUAGCUGAACAAAAAGAAAUUGAAAUAUCGAAUGCAACAAAUUUGAAUGAGUGCAAAGAGAGCUAUGAAAAAUUCCAAAAAUUAAGCAAAGAAAUUGAACAGGCACAGGAAAUUAUACCACUACGUCUUAUUAAACAAGUGCAAGAAACUAAUAAGUUAUUAACAAGAGCUGUUAAGGAUGAUCAUGAUUUGCAACUAAAACAUGAUAACUUGCUACAGGAAAUCGAAGAUGAGAAUCACACAAAGUGUUCCCUGGAAGAAGAGAAACAAUACAAAAAACAAGAAUUUGAAACAAAACAAAAUGAGCACUUAAAGAUUAACAAUGCUAAAGAAAAUGUAUUAAAACAAAGAAAUACCCAAUUGUUACAAUUGCAAGAAGAGGAACAUAUAUUUGAGUGUCAACUUGAAGAGCAGAAGGAAAUAGCCCAGUACUUAAGGGAAAAUAUUUCGGAAAUUUUGGAACCCUAUGAAGAAUAAUUGUUUACUUAUAUUCCUUUUUUAUUUAUGUUUUUUUUCAAUUAAAUUUACAAAAAAAUGCUUAAAUUAUUAAAGAAAAAUGUUUAUUUA